AUGGCACAAGAGCGAAUAUAUUUAGAUGAACACAUUCGAUUCAUAAGUUAUGAUAAUGACAAAUCAGGUGAACAGCACAAUAUUUUGGCCAUUUACAAUGUUCCGAUGUGUUUUAAACUAGUCAUGAAUCAACAAACGAUAUCAAUUCGGCAUUUAAAACUGGCAUUAUUAUGUCUCAUUCGAAAGCAUACAAUACUGCGCACAUCAUUGAAUUAUGACACAGCAAAAGAUUGUUUAAUGCAAACGAUAAAACAAAUGCCAAAUGACGACGACGAUCACUAUUAUUCGUUUCAGUUAACUAAAAUAUCAUCGGAAGAUGAAUUAGAACAAAUUC